AUUUUGUAUAUUAAUAAAACUACUGUAUCUAAUCAAGAAGAUAAAACAAUUCUUAUUCAAAAAAUAUAAAUUAAUUGCCACACUUGUUCAUUUAUAUACACAUGCGCACAAUACCCACGUGUGUAUACCUUAUCAUGGUUAAAAAUAAUCGUAAUUUUGCAUGUUUAAAUCACUCUAAAUAUCGUGUUUACUAUUAAUAUUUCUUAUUUUUUAUGAAUUAUAAAGCUACAAACAAUUGAACAAUUUUAAUAUUGUUUUCACGAUUGCGUUCAUGAUUCUAAUGCAUCAACCUUAUCACGAUGUUGAUGUUCUGUCCGACUUGUGGUAAUGUUCUACGAGUGGAAGAAGCUUUAGCAGGUUUACGUUUUGCGUGUAAUACCUGCCCAUAUGUAUUUAAUAUCGCAAGAAGAGUGAGUAAUCGUACGUAUCCAAAAUUGAAAGAAGUAGAUGACGUACUAGGUGGAAGCGCGGCUUGGGAAAACGUGGAUUCCACAGAAGAACGGUGCCCGAAGUGUUCGCAUUCCCGAGCUUACUUUAUGCAAAUUCAAACGAGGUCUGCUGAUGAACCUAUGACGACGUUUUAUAAGUGCUGUAAUCCUCAAUGUUGUCACAACUGGCGCGAUUAAAGUUUAAUUUUGUACUGGGUGGAAAACGCAUGGUGAGCAUUGAGAACUUGGGUCCAAUGAAGUCUCUUUUAAAUUCAACUUCAAAUGAAGUGG